AUGGAGGGGCGCUGGUCCUGGGAAGCGUGGUGGAUGGAGAACGAAGACCCGGCCACCAGGUGGAGCUACUUCGAUUUCUCGGCGAACAGCACACAAACAGAGGCAGUCGCUUUGAAGGCCCUUGACAAGGAGUUGUGCAAACAGCGCCACUGCCAGUCGUCUCAGUGGCAUGCAGAAAUAUGGAAGGGAUAUCCACUGCUCAUCAACUGGUCCUGCGUAACCUCGAUGGUGGGCAACGAGGUCUUAUGGGGAGGCGGCCCAUUUGACCCUGACCUGAUCCCCUAUGCCUGGAGCCUCAUCAAAGCGCGUGGUGGAUCAGAUGUGACGUCCACAUGCCUUGGCCAUUGGUUUGGGCGAAAGUUGAGCUUUGGCUGA